AUGGAGGAGUCUUCCUUAAAGAGUUUGGUGUUGAGACUUGUGGAAUUCAAAUUUCUGGAUAAGCAAGUGUUUGUUAUGGGAGUGAGAUGGGUGAAAAGAGAUUUAGUAAAGCCACCUAUAAUGCAAGUGCAGUGGAGAAGCACAGGUUAUUUGAUAAUAUUCUUGCUCAGAUUUGUUGCCAGGAUAAUUAUGAGAGAAUCAAAGGUUUCUGGAUCCCUGGAAGCCAAAGGAUGGCCUUUAUUCGUCGGGGCAUACAUAGUCUCAAAAGCAGCGAUUAAUGCGUACACAAGAAUUGUGGCAACGAAGCUGCCAAACGUGAAGAUCAAUUGCAUCUGUCCUGGUAAGGGUUAUCCCUCAAGCAAGGUGGACAAUGCAGGAAAAGUGGAGCAGAAUAGACAAAACAAUGACGCUUUUACUGCUGCGAAAACUGCAGGAUGGUUUGCAGUUAUUACUGGGUCAAAGAAAGGGCUAGGAUUUGAGAUUGUGAGACAAUUAGCUUCUCAUGGAAUCACUGUGGUGUUAACCACCAGAGAUGAAAAGAAGGGUACGCACUUCACAAGCUCAAAGAGUCAUGUGAACUUAUUGUGGAUGUUAUCUUUCAUCAGCUUGAUGUGGCAGAUUCAUCUAGUGUUUCCUUGCUUGCUGAAUUCGUCAAGGCUUGGUUUGGAAGGCUUGAUAUCUUGGCAAAUAAUGCAGGAGAAAUCGGAGCCAGAGCAGAUAGUGAUAUUGGGCAAGCUGCUGCUUCACAAGCUGCUGCAGGGGCACCAAUUGGGCUUAAACAAUAUUGGAUGGUACGAAUUCUUGUCCCUGGAAACGGUCGAUGAGGUACUGUACAAAUUUCUGAAAGAUGUCAAAGAAGGCUUGCUGGAAACAGAAGGCCGGCCAUCUGUUCUCUCUGCUUACACAUUAUCAAAAACAGCCAUGAGUGCCUUCACAAGGAUACUGGCCAAAAACUACACCGAAAUCAUGAUCAACUGUGUUGCCUGGGCUUUGUUAAGACCGAAAUCAAUUUCCAUAAUGGGGUUUUAUCUGUCGAAGAAGGCGCAGAGAGUCCAGUGUGGCUGGCUCUGUUGCCCAAGGCAGGACAAUCAGGACCCGGCAAAAUGCGUCACCUUUUUAGGAUCAUAUAUCAUUACACUAGAUGUUUCUAAUAAAAAAUUAUGCCGUAAGCAUGCUUUGAUGGGAAAUGAGGCAUAAUUUUGAAGUUAAAGUCCCAAGCUGUGUCGUGUGAAGCAAUCGAAAUUUAAAUAUCCUGCAUUUUUUUUUCUUCUAUAAAAGAAAAUUAUCAGGCGUUUAAAUGGCAAAAAAAUCAACCACCCAUAAUCACUUCCCAUCACUUCUAGAUGUCGAAAACCCACAUUAAUUCAAGUUUGAAGAUAAUGUCAGAACUUUAACUCCCAACGGUUUAAAGGGUUGUUUUGGUAGACUAACGAAUUCCGUGGCCUGCAGAAAUUAUCAUUGAUUACCAUAGAUUUUGCUCCUAACAGACGGCAGAAUAUUGUUUUGAAUGUUUCUAUGUUAGAAUCAAUCUUACAUUCAAGUCAUCAAUGGCUCAAAUGUGCCAUGUGUAACUAACUAUAGUGGUGGUUCUCUGGGUAUAGUUUUACAGUAUUGUAAUAUUUAAUAUAUUUUUUAUAAUAUUCUUGUUUAGGG